UAAGACUUGAAACACCGAGGAUUUAGUCAAAACCAACAAGCCACGCCCACGGAUCUGAUGACGUCAGACUCGAAACACCAAGGAUUUAGUGAGAGCCCUUCAAGGUUCGUCAUUGAAUGUGUUGUAUGACAAAUCUUUACCAGUAGGGGGAGACACUUACACACUCGCCCUCCAGUUCAGCGUCUUUGCAGAAGAAGGGAACGACAGCGCGCUCAGGUUGUACAGUACAGAUGCCUUUAGUUGUCAAGGCAGUUGGUAACAUGUCUCAACAGAUAUCAUUUAAAGAGCUGUUGAAAGUGUUUGGUCUGGGAGCCGUAGCUCUCGUGCUGGGUGUCGAGUGGUUUGACUGGCUGAUGCGACGUCUGAGGGUCCGCGGGCCCCUGAAAGAGGUCCUGUUCUUCCCUUCAACCCAAACCUGCCUUGAGCACCUGUUCACACCCAACAGCAGCUUCCCCUGCAGAUGUCCCCUCCCCCAUGGCAAGGAGACGUCUUUCUCCAGGCUUCUCAGGCAUCUCCUCUCUGCACGUGCAUCACUGGACCUGUGUGUAUUUUCCUUCUCACACAUGGAGCUGUGCAGAACGAUUCUUCUCCUGCACGAACGCGGUGUUACUGUACGAGUGGUUACCGACAGAGACUACAUGACCAUCACUGGAUCUCAGAUCGGCACCCUCCGCAGGGCAGGUAUCUGUGUGAGGCAUGAGAUGAGCACCGCCGUUCAUAUGCAUCACAAAUUUGCCAUAGUUGAUGGCAAGAAGCUGAUCAACGGUUCCCUCAACUGGACAGUAACAGCAGUCCAGAGCAACAAAGAGAACAUCAUGGUAACAGAGGAACCCGAGCUUGUGCGGCCCUAUCGGCUGGAGUUUCAGAAGCUGUGGGAGGCCAAUGAUCCGGCCAAACACACACAUCAGGUCACAAAUGGUCGGUAAAUUAAACAGAGUCGUGUGAAUAAAAGUAUAACUUACUAGAGCGACAGCUAGUUGUGCUAAAGUUUGCAAGACAGUUCUGCUCAGUUUUAUGUUGUCAAAUUGCUUAAAUGUUGAAAACUAGUUUUGUUUUGUAUGGAUUGUAAUCCUCUUUAAGAUAUCUUGUUUUUUAUUUUUAUGGAAAUGUUUUUAUUGAGAACACAGUAAUAUUUUGUUACGUUUAGCAUUUUCCAUUUGUACCAUAGUCUUAGAUAAAGAUGUGUUGAUGUUUAACCAUAAUCUUUGUUUAAAAAACACAGCUUUCAGCGACCUGUUUGUGUAUUCUAUAGCUGUGCCUUUGAUUGCUCAAUUUCUUAUGGUGCUCUCUGCCCAUUUUCCUUUUUCUUGUGACUCAGAGAUUUUAGAUAAGCUUGUUUCUGAGCCACAGAAUUAAAGAAAACUACUGAGACAACUAUGUCUCGU